UCGGUUUCAUUGCGGAAGUAAUUACAUUCAAACAUGGCGUCCUCCUGUUCGCCGAGAGGCAACGUGAUCCUUCGAUAAAAUGAGAAAGUUUUCCUUCACUUUAGAUAACAAAAGACUGCAUACUUUUAAAUCAGCCCUGUUGUAUGUGAAACGUAUCUGCACGCUGGGACCAUUUUUCUGAUAAAAGACGCUUCAACAAGCGCCAUCUAGAUGGCUUCAUUUAAACCCACAAAAAUCCCAGUAUAUCCAAAGCUUGGAGAAAAAGUCACACAGGACACUCUUUACUGGAAAAACUACAAGGCUCCUGUUCAGAUAAAAGAAUUUGGAGCAGUCUCAAACAUCGACUUCUCUCCUGUGGCUCCUCAUAAUUUUGCUGUAACCGCCUUUACAAGAAUCCACCUCUAUGGGCCCUUUUCUCAAGAGCCUGUCAAAACAUUUACCCGAUUCAAGGACACUGCGUAUUGUGGAAGAUUCAGGUCAGAUGGCCAACUGCUCGUGGCGGGAUGUGAAGACUCGGUUGUCAGACUUUUUGAUGUCAGCGGCAAGGUGGCACUAAGGAUGUUCAAAGGGCACACAAAGGCUGUACAUGUCACUGACUUCACCUCAGACCGUUAUCAGAUCCUCACGGGAUCUGACGACUACACCUGCCGACUGUGGGACAUCCCAAACGCAGCUGAGCUCAGCACAUACCAGGAACACACAGACUACAUUCGCUGUGGUGUUACCAGCAAACUCAACAGAGAUCUCUUCAUUACUGGAUCAUAUGACCACACUCUGAAAGUGUUUGAUGCCAGAGCGGAGAAGAGUGCGAUGACCAUGGAUCAUGGACAGCCGGUGGAGAGCCUCCUCCUCUACCCCUCUGAGGGACUCCUCGUCUCAGCAGGUGGGCGCUACGUCAAAGUGUGGGAUCUGCUAAAAGGAGGUCAGCCUCUGGUGUCGCUGAAAAACCAUCAUAAAACCGUCACCUGUUUGGCUCUCGGCAACAACGGAGAGAGACUGCUGUCGGGAUCUCUGGACAGGCAUGUGAAAGUCUACAACACAACCACAUACAAAGUGGUCCACAACUUUGACUACGCUGCUGCAAUCCUCAGUUUGGCUUUGGCUCCGGAUGACGAGUCCAUUGUUGUGGGAAUGACCAACAGUAUUUUAAGCAUCAAACACAGAAAACACACUGAAGAGUCAAAGGAAAUAAUGAGCCAGCAGAGGCGCCGCCCGUCAUAUCGUGUCUUUGUGAAAGGAAAAAAUUAUGUACCAAAACCAGACGACUAUCUUGUCAGUAAGCCAGUCAAAGAACAUUUGGCCAAAUAUGACAGGGAGCUCAAGAAAUUUAAUGUAUCCAAAGCUUUGGAUGCAUCCUUGGAGAUUUGGUUAAGAAAGAAAAAGCCAGAGAUAACUGUGGGUGUAAUCAAGGAGCUGGACCGGAGAGGAACUCUAAAGAAUGCGCUAGCAGGAAGAGAUGAAGAGCAACUCUCUCAGUUACUCCACUUUGUCAUUGGAAACAUUGUUGACACCAGGUUUGCCCCCAUCCUUUUGACGGCAGCUGAAAUGAUCCUUGAUAUCUAUAAAUCGGUGAUUGGCCAGUCAGCACUGAUCGACCAGCAGCUGCUGCGCCUACAGAACAUCCUGGAGUCAGAGAUCAACUUGGAGCAGGAGCUACUGGAGGUCCUGGGAAUGUUGGACACCAUGUUUGCCACCUCCAUCGCUCGUAAGGAGGUGCCGUACUCCGACGUGGGAAGAUCUAAUGGGCUGGCUCAGGGAGAGGCGAGCAGUUCGACACCCGAGCUUCAGGUCACCUGAGAUCAAAUGAGAGGAAGAAUUGAUUUUAGACUGGAUUAGGAUGAUUUUUAUAAAAUCCCGAUUGAAGGCAUCAGAAUCGUUUUCUGUAUGUGUAUAAACAACAUCAAACAAACAUUUUUUAAUUGGAUCUGUGUUGAGUCCUACAUUUUGCCUACUGUUGGAAGUGAGGUCUGCUGUGGGAAUUCAUUAGCUGUAAUUUGUUAUAUUGCAAUAUUUUAUCAUUAAACAAAGAUCUCUCGA